GACAUUGAUACUUGGUUCGUUGAACUUUGCCAAUGGAAAGUGAGGCCCGGGGUAUUACGUGUACAGACCUUCAGCCUCCGUAAAACCCGUUCCGUCCGUUAGAUGCCGAAUCCCACUCAAUGCGCCCUUCUUGUUUCCAAUCAAUGACAGGCCGUUCAAAAUGGAGAAGUUUUAGGUUUUCUUUUUUGGAAAGCAUAGUUUCGACUUCAAGCUUUCGGAAGAUGUAAACCAGUGCAACACCACGCUGCGGGAUUUACAAGCGCGUGUGUCUAUCGGUGUUAAUUGAAGACAUUCAGUUCACUCAUCACGAAAACUUACAUACCGCGAGUAUACAUAGUGCAACAGAGAAUACGCGCCCUGAUCGGACCCACGAAGCAGACCAAACUUGAACAUGGCCUCGGAAACUGACACAUCAUCGGACGCCGUCCACGCUUUCUUGGAAGCUGCCAACGGGAUCGACGAACCUAUCACGAACGAAGAUGACAGGAGCAGGGUCCUGAUGAAGCUGUAUGAGCUCACCAACAAAGUGGAGUCUCCCUGGGACACUUUUGUGAGGAUGUACAUGAACCAGCCCAUGGUAUCAGGCGUCCUGAGGGUGCUCAGAGACGUGCGACUAUUUGAGCGAUGGCAACAGAAUGGGAACUCGCCAAUGACCACCGUCGAGCUCGCGGGCUUGACUGACCGCUUCGAUCCAGCUCUUCUCCAGCGCCUGCUCCGUCUUCUGGUCGCAAACAACCUGGUUGAGGUCACCUCCGAUGGAAAAUACAAGCCUGGCGGGUUCUGCAUGAAGCUCGCCGAGUCAGACUUUGACACUGCAAUCAAGUUCUAUGACGACUACCACCUCCCCAUGUGCCUCAAAAUGCCGGCCUACUUCGCCGAAACGGGUUACCAGAACCCCUCCAACAGCCGGCGGACCGUCUUCAACCUGACUUUCGGCUUCGAGGGCGGGCUCUUCCGUUACUUUGAAAAGAACCCGCGCGAAGGGGAGGUCUUCAACAUCGCGCAGAGGAGCGGGACGAGUGAGCUAGCCCGGUGGACGUCCAUCUACCCGAGCGACGCGCUGCUGCAUGACGUCGACACGCGGCUGCCCAUCCUCGUCGACGUGGGCGGGAGCAUCGGGCAAGACAUCCAAUGCUUCCUCGAGCGGCACCCAGGGACCGCCUCAAGGGUGUACCUCGAGGACGUCCCCGCGGUGAUCGAGGACGUGAACUCCACUCUCGCUCAGGGCGUCCACAGGAUCACCUACGACUUUUUUACCCCUCAGCCGAUUGAGCACGCGCGCGCCUACUACAUGCACCACAUCCUCCACGACUGGCCCGACAAGCAGGCCCGCAAGAUCCUCGAGAACCAGAAGGCGGCCAUGAAGCCGGGGUAUAGCAAGAUCCUCAUACACGACAUCGUCAUUAGCGGCCCGGACCACCCGUUCGUUGCCGUCGCCGAUUUGCUCAUGAUGAACUUUGGCGCCUCGAAGGAGCGUACGGAGGAGGAGUGGGAGGAGCUGGUGAGGUCAGCCGGCCUCAAGAUCGUCAAGAUCUGGAGGGUCCCGUCCGCGAAGGAGAGCGUUAUCGAGGUUGAGCUGGCCCCGGAAAUGCCCAGGCUUUAGUGCGACGACACGAGGGGGUAACAUAAGACGUCC